AAAAAAAGAAAAGGAAAAGUAAAUAAAAACAACAUUAACAUUUAACAGCCGCACCAUCUUCCCCCCAACCAACACCCAGAAAUCCAGCUUCCAAACAAAAUACAGAGUUAUAAAAAUGAUUUAGUUAACAGUGAUGAUACUAUCCUAGCAACGUUCUUGCAUCAGAAUAUUGACUACACCGAAAGCAUUUUCCAUAGUUUUUCUUCCAUUUUUAUUUUUAUUUUUUCGUUUUUUCCCUUUACAGACACACAGCUGCUGAGCUGCACCAGAAAUUGUAUGUUUCCGAAGCUUUUUUAUUUUUUUUUGCUCCUUUUAGUUUUUUAAAAUUUAAUGCAUAAAGUGCUGGAAAAAGAAAUUUAAUCCUCAGCCAAAGUUUUCUCCAGCCAAGCUGGUUUGCUGACGCCUGAAAAUUCCAGAUGUCUGACAAGCAUCAAUUCUAGCCGAAACACAGCGGCGGUCGUGUAAUAGGAUUUGUUAAAUUUGUUUGCGACUCCUUUUAAACAAUGCAGAGCCCAGAGGUUUUGCGUAUACACAACUCCUCCAUCAUGGCCAAACACACCACCAGCGGCGGCCGUAGCAAUAGAAUAUCAGGUCUUUUCUCCCACCGGGUUCUUUACGCCGGCGGGAUUUCGGUUGCGAUUGCGGUGGUUUGGGUUCUUUGGUCUUCCUUCACCCCGAAAGAAGUCGACCCGAAUCACUCCAUCGCCAGAGCACUUAAUUCAGGAGCUGACCACGUGGCGGAAGCAAUUAAUUCGUGUGCGGGUCAAAACCCGGGUUACGGCCGGAGCUAUGACCCGCCGGAGCGUACCUUCUACGAUGACCCGGAAUUGAGCUACACGAUCGAGAAGACUAUGAAGAAUUGGGAUGAGAAGAGAAGGGAUUGGUUGAAAAAACACCCUGCUUUUGCCGCCGGAGCGGGUGAUCGGAUCCUCAUGCUGACGGGUUCUCAGGCGACGCCGUGCAAGAACCCCAUCGGAGACCAUUUGCUCCUGAGGUUCUUCAAGAACAAAGUGGACUAUUGCAGAAUCCAUGGUUACGAUUUCUUCUACAACACAGUGUUGCUCCAGCCCAGGAUGUUUUCGUUCUGGGCCAAGAUGCCGGUCGUUAAAGCCGCCAUGUUAGCCCACCCGGAAGCCGAGUGGAUCUGGUGGGUGGAUUCCGACGCCGCCUUCACCGACAUGGACUUCAAGCUUCCCUUGGACAAAUACAAGGCCCAUAACUUCGUCGUCCACGGAUGGCCUCACUUGAUUUACGAGAAGAAAAGCUGGACAGGGCUCAACGCCGGCGUCUUCCUCAUGAGGAACUGUCAGUGGUCUAUGGAUUUUAUGGAGACUUGGGCUAAUAUGGGCCCACAGUCACCGGAUUAUGACAAAUGGGGUGAAAUUCAACGGAGCAUAUUCAAAGACAAGUCGUUUCCGGAAUCAGAUGAUCAGACGGGUUUAGCUUAUUUGUUGCUGAAAGAAAAGGAGAAAUGGGGAGACAAAAUCUACAUGGAAGGAGAGUUUUACUUCCAAGGUUACUGGAUGGAAAUUGUUGGGAAUUACAACAACAUCACUGAAAUGUACUCGGGAAUUGAGAAAAGGGAGAAGAAAUUAAGGAGAAGGCAUGCUGAGAAAGUGAGUGAGAGUUAUGGUAAGCUUUGGGAAGAGCACCUGAAGGAUGCUGGAUAUGGAAGAGGGAGCUGGAGGCGUCCGUUUGUCACGCACUUCACCGGUUGCCAGCCGUGUAGCGGGGAUCAUAACCAGGAGUAUUCCGGCCAGUCUUGCUGGGAUGCGAUGCAAGCUGCUCUGAACUUUGCUGAUAAUCAGGUGCUCAGGAAAUAUGGAUUUGUCCAUAAGAAUUUGUUGGAUACUGCUACUGUUGUGCCCCUGCCGUUUGAUUAUCCUGCCAAUUCAGACGCAAAAGAGGCUCUGAUGUAAUGUUUGGUAGUAGACUAGUAGUUGUUGUAGUAGCAUUUGCAAAAUCCAGGGAAAUUUCAUGUUAUAGCGUCUCUGGCUGGCCUAAUUGAAGUUCUCAUGGUGAAUAUGAAAAAGAUGUGCAUUUUCCUUCCAAUUGUAUUGAACUGGCUAUGGUAUUUCUUGUAUAACUAAGGUAUGACCACUUGCAACUAGUUUCAAGAUUUUACCGUAUAAAGGCCUAUCAUCUUUUCCUAAGAAUUUCCAAUUAUACUCCCUCCGUCCCAUAAUUAUUGUCCAGUUUAGAUUUUCAUUUCUAGUUCAAGUUAUACUAAAACUGAAAUCUCAAAGUGGACAAUAAUUUUGGGACAGAAGGAGUAUAUCUUUUAAAAGUUAGG